AUGGAGGGCGACCCUCGCUUCCGGCAACAGUUUGCUCGCGAUUUCCGGGUUGUGGAAGAGGACCCUAGCGAUGCCGAUGCAUCAGCGAUCCCGAAUUUGCAGGUCACUGAUACCGAAUUGAACGCUCUGCAGUCCCGAUUUCUUGAUGGGACCCCUAACCCUGAGGGCAUGACUGAUCUGGAGUAUAUGCCGCGUAGCGACCCUAUCGACGAAUUCAACCGUUCCCAGCCGCUGUUAACGCUCGCGUUCCCUACCCUCUACCCUGACGGCAAGGCCGACUUCGUGGAGCCUCGCCUACGGAGCAUCGCGUACCAGGACUACCUUGGCCAUGCGAUGAGAUGGCAUGACGGACGUUUUGCCCGCCAUAAAACGUGGCCUUUCGUCGCCCUCAACACGCUGCUACAGGAAGCGAUGGCUGAGCCUGACGAGCCAGAGGCUCAGGACCUGAUCCAGUCGAUCACGCGCCAAGCCGCGGUAAUCAGGGGCACCCGGCCACCUGGCCUUUUCGUUACUGCAAAGUGGAAAGCAGCUCCUGAGGCGGCGCGCAUGGUCCUGUCCCGGCAACUACUGCGAGACAACGCCCACAUCGCCGCUUACCACUUCCAUAAGCGUUAUACGCUGUUUAGGACUAUUGUCCUGAAGCAGAAGUUCAACCUAACGGACUUUUGGGGCCGUUACGAGUGGCAGGGCAGGGGUUCCAGUCACCACCACGGCCUAUAUUGGCUAAGUGGCCACCCAGACUUAGAUCCUGACAACGAUCAGUCCCGGGAGCAAUUCGCCCGCAUCUGGGGAUAUCACGUAUCUGCUGUCAACCCAGAGCCUCAGCGAAUACAGGCGCCUGGGGAAGGGAAUCCCCUGAUCGGCAAUCUAUUGGAGCAGCCCCUUACGGUUCAGUUCCUAUCAAUGGUGGUCAACCGCGUGCAACGCCACCGCUGCAACAACUACUGUAUGCAGCUCAAUAAGCAUACCAAGCAGGUGGAGUGCCGCUUUGGAUUUCCUCACGGACAGCGCCUGCUAGCCUCCCUUGACAAGGUUCCUCAUUCUAAGCACUGGAACUUCAGGGGCGAGAGGAACGAUGGCCAGAUUAACCACUACAACCGCUUGCUUACCGUUGCGUGGCUAGCCAAUACAGACGUUUCGCCCUGCACGAGCCUCCAGCAGGUAAUCGAUUACGCGGCCAAAUACUGCUCCAAGUCGGAAAAGAAGAGCGAGUCUUUUGCCCAGAUUGGGAAGGCUUUGAUGUCCCGGGUCAAGGACCACAACCCCCUGAUUUCCUUCACGUCAAAGCUCCUCAAUCAGCUGGUUGCUGAGCGGGAUUACUCGAAGCAGGAGGUCAGCCACUUGCUCCUCGGCCUGCCGUUACGGGAAGGCUCACGAACCUGCCUGUACGUUGACUGUCGUAAUCCUGACAGGCAUUCCCGCUCCCUCCGUAUUGACGGCGAUGAGGUUGACGAGGCCCCCAACGUUUUCGAAAAGUACUGUCAACGCCCGGAAGCCCUAGCGGACCUAAACUACGUCUCCUUCCUGAAGUGCUGGAAUUUCCGCCCUAGGGACCCUUCCAAGUGGAAGCAAUGGCAGCCAGGCAACGUUAACGGCAGGCCUCGUGUGCUGGUUUACUUUCCUCGCUAUCAGGCUGAUCCAGAAGGCCAACAGUGGCUUGAUUACUGUCGUGCAAAGCUAACAUUAAAUCACCCACAUCGGCAGGUUGAUGAUCUCCUCACAUUUGACGGCCAGCUUUUGGUUCUCACGCUGAGGCCUUCUCCUAUUGUUGGCAGCACCACAGUCAUGGUGAUGACCAUUAUGGUCGGCCAAAAGAGGCUCGAUUACAGCCUCAAGAUGAUCAAUACGAGGCUCUGCCUGUGGAGGAAGAAUUUGAUGAUGAAGACUGGAUUCGCCUCGCCGCCCUUUUACCUGGGAACCCCCUUACCCAGGAAGAUCUUGACCUUCUUGGCCGCCGUGAUAUCGACGUCAAUUACGACUGGACACGGCAUCCACCCCAUGGCCAACGAUGUGGAGGUCCUGGCCUCACUGGCGUAA